CGCUGAUCUACCUCGCAUUUACUUACUAUCCUCUUGUUUUCUACCCUCCUCUGUCUUUUGUAUUUACAUGGUAAACUUGAAUCUCCAAUUUUGCUAGUAAUAACCAUGGCUCCUCGACCUAUUUUUGCCGCAACUCACCCCAGAGCUUGCUCUACAGCUUUUGAAAGGGUCUUUAUGGCCCGGCGUGAUAUCUUGGAGUGUGCUCACGAGCCUUUUGGCGAUGCCUUUUACUUUGGCCCAGAGUUUAUGAGCGACCGGUUCAGAGACGAUGUUGCCACUCGCCAGAGCUCAGAGUAUCGUGAUACCACUUUCAAGAAUGUCCUGGAGAGACUUGAAGAUGCGGAAAAAGAGGGCAAGCGUCUUUUCAUCAAGGACAUGGCAUACUACCUGAUGCCGCCUGAUGACAAGCCAUCACAAAUCGCGCCCUCUCUCGGAGGCGGCGAAGAGGCCGGAAACCCAACAGUUCUGCCCGUCAACAUCUUGAAGCGUUUCCACUUUACCUUUCUCAUCCGCCACCCCAAGCGCUCAAUCCCUUCCUACUACCGCUGCACCAUCCCUCCCUUGAGCGAGAUCACCGGGUUCGACUACCUCAUGCCCAACGAGGCGGGCUAUGUCGAGCUUGUUCGACUCCUCGACUUUUUGAUUGAGCGUGGCAUCGUCGACAAGGACCACAUCACAGCCAUUGACGCGGAUGACCUGCUUGACAAGCCGGAGCAGGUUAUUCGGGAGUACUGCGCGAGGAUCGGCAUCGAUUUUAAGCCGCAAAUGUUGAAAUGGACUGAGGAGGAUAAGGAACAUGCGGCAGAGAUGUUUGCCAAGUGGAAUGGCUUCCAUGAUGAUGUGCUCAAGACAAAUUGUUUCCAGGCACGAUCUCAUGCUCAGAAAACCUCAACGGUUGAAUCGGAGAACAGAGAGUGGUUGGAAAAAUACGGUCCAGAGGCACAAAAGCUGAUCCGUCAAACCGUUGAUGAGAAUAUUCCCCACUACGAGUAUUUGAAGCAGUUUUGCAUUUCUGUUUAAUGAAUUAUGACAUCUGGGUAAAGGGUAAAUGUACGGGAUGAAGUGAUAUCUUUUAGAGAACUUCUCUCUUUUUUUGUUAUUGGUCUAUGAUACAGUAUAUCGGUCUGGCUCAUAGGGCCCACCGAUUAUCUUCUUUAUAUAUAUCCGUAAUCAACAUCGCCUUUGGUAACAAGUCUUCGUGUAACGUAAACAACCAUCAUACCGUUAUUGUACACCCAUCCAAAAUAUCCUUUUGCAGCUCAUACCGGUUGGAUUUUUUGUUCCCUGGUAGUCGCCAAGUCGCUUCCCAAUUCCUCAAUAUAAUUUUUUUUUUU